UUUACGAAUAUCCGCGUCUGACUGCGACUGCGAGCCCAAGACAUCCAUCGCCCGCGCUCUCUCUCGCUCUCGCUCUCGUGUGAUCAUCGUCGUCGUUUAGCGCGCCCGUUGCUCGACACUUUUAUAUAUAAGUACGUGCGGCAGACGAGCGGCGGUUCUCGUGAUUCUUGUUAGUUAUUGAUCAGACGAGCCGCUGUGUGCUGCCGCUGCUGCUGCUGAUGCUGUGGAGCUGUCGUUAGUCUGAGCUGUUGUUCAACGGAGAGAGAGACAGAGGAAACGAAGGAAGGACUGGAAGGGAAGAAGAGAGCGAGAGCCGCCGAGAGAGAAGAAGCAAGACCCGUGCGAUGCUGUGCUGAGUGCAGCUCUCUCUUGUAAGGCACGGUCGAGCUAUAAGGAGAGGCGAAGAAGCGACCCGGGGUCUGUGGAGGAGUUUCGAUUGUGAUAGAAAGCGAAGACUCGACUUGAGCGCACGAGCACUUCGCGCACGAUAAAGAGCCGGACGUGCAGAGAGAGAUGGCUCAAGCUCAAAUGAAGCCCGAGUUCGAGAAGGGGGACCACGUAUCGUGGAAGUAUGGUGCAGGAAAGGCCACUGGCUAUAUAGUGGAGAAGCUCACCGAGCCCGCGAAGCUUGGCACCAAGAAGUUCCAGGCAUCCGUCGACGAGCCCAGGUACAAAAUCAAGAGCGACAAGUCUGGCAAGAUGGCUAUUCGGAACCCGGAGACUCUCGAGAAGAUUGACGAUGAAGAGCACGACAAUGAAGAGGACAGGACUCACGAGAACGGAGCAGAGGAGGACGAUGAGGAAGAGGAAGUGCAUGCGGAAGAUGGAGAUGAAGAGAAGCCGAGGGCGGACGCCGGCCAUGACGCCGCCUCGGGAGAUCAGCAGGAGGAUGAGGAAGAGCAACUGAACGGCCACCACGCCGAGGACGGCGAACAGAAUGGAAGCAGGAAGAGGCAAAAGUCCGAGGCCCCCGAGAAGCCUGUGGAUGAUGUCGAGGCGGCGGAGGAGCCGGCUUGGCAACUCGGAGGCGACGAAGCGGAUGAUAUCGGCGUCAUAGAGGAGGAGAACAACACCAAUGGCAAGCACGAGAAGGCGGAGGUGGACGGCAAAGAGGCCAAUGACAAGGAAGAGGCCCCCCACAGAAUGCCCCACCUCGAGGCCUCUCAACCUGAAGAGGUCACGGAUCUCAACUCAGCGUAGUGUGUCGAGCCCUGUUUCCAUAGACACAGUGUAGCUAGCUGGUCGUAGUGUCCAGCCCGCAAAGCCAUCAAUCCACUUCACGUAGAUGUCUGCCGACCGAGUCCUAUUCACAUGUUCCCAAUGCUCGGAUCAUCAUCAUCUUACUCGUUGACAGGAAGCCUUGUUAGUACUUCACAAAUUUUUCGGAGGAGUUUUUCCAUGUUACGUACGAAGGGCUGCAUGGGCGAACUCGAUGUAGAAGUUGUUGCUAGGACCAGGAUGACGCACCGACUUAGAUGCAGUGUAGUUUGAGGUUUGCAGUAGACGAGCGUUUUUAGUAGUUGGCUUAGCAGCAACGCCUACUUCCUCCCUCCCCCCGCCACAAAUCGCUGCCUAUGAAGAAAAUUUCAUUUGCUGCACUAGGACUGCAGACUUCCUGGGUUCCGGAGUCCUGCGAUGCGAGGACCUUUCUUUCUAGCUCGAUGCCCUCUCCCCCACCCCUGUCAGUGGGAAGGCCGAGCUUUGCUUCGGGGAAAGGGCGUCCAAAUCAAGAUAUGUUCAUAAACAGAGUUCAUCAAAUUCAUAUUCUCGCACUUC